GUGGACCCAUUAAGAUUGGCCCUAUCCUAUCUGAUAUCCAACAGUAAGUAACCAACCACUCUCUUUGAUUCUCUCCACCUUCAUUUUCUUCACUCACACAACAAUGGGCGCAACCAGUGACCCAACCCAAGACACUUCCGACGAACAACAAAAACGCUCCGAGAUCUACACCUACGAAGCACCAUGGCACAUCUACGCCAUGAACUGGAGUGUCCGUCGUGACAAAAAAUACCGAUUAGCCAUCGCUUCUCUCUUAGAACAAUACCCUAACCGCGUCGAAAUCGUUCAACUUGAUGACACAAACGGUGAAAUCAAAUCCGAUCCAAAUCUCUCUUUCGAACAUCCAUAUCCACCUACCAAAGCAAUCUUCAUCCCUGAUAAAGAUUGCCACCGUCCUGACCUCUUAGCUACCUCCAGUGAUUUUCUCCGUAUUUGGCGGAUCUCCGAUUCCGAUGAGUCUCAAUCUCGAGGCGGCGUCGAACUCAAGAGUCUUCUUAAUGGUAACAAAAACAGUGAGUAUUGCGGUCCGAUUACUUCAUUUGAUUGGAAUGAAGCUGAACCUCGAAGAAUCGGAACUUCGAGUAUUGAUACUACUUGUACUAUUUGGGAUAUUGAGAAAGAAACUGUUGAUACUCAGUUAAUUGCGCAUGAUAAAGAAGUUUAUGAUAUAGCUUGGGGUGGUGUUGGUGUUUUUGCUUCUGUUUCUGCUGAUGGAUCUGUUAGGGUUUUCGAUUUACGCGAUAAGGAACAUUCUACGAUAAUUUACGAAAGUUCUGAAGCUGAUACACCGUUAGUUAGGCUUGGUUGGAAUAAACAAGAUCCUCGUUAUAUGGCUACGAUUAUUAUGGAUACUGCCAAGGUUGUUGUUCUUGAUAUUCGUUUUCCGACAUUACCUGUUGUGGAAUUGCAGAGACAUCAAGCUAGUGUUAAUGCUAUUGCUUGGGCACCACAUAGUUCUUGUCAUAUUUGUACUGCUGGUGAUGAUUCUCAAGCUUUGAUUUGGGAUCUUUCAUCAAUGGGUCAACCUGUUGAAGGUGGUCUUGAUCCUAUUUUGGCUUAUACUGCUGGUGCUGAAAUUGAACAACUUCAAUGGUCUUCUUCUCAGCCUGAUUGGGUUGCUAUUGCUUUUUCAACUAAGCUUCAGAUUCUCAGGGUGUGACUGUGAUCAAAAACAGAAAAUUUUACUUUGUUGAUUCUUCUUCAAACCAAGGUGGGUUUGUUGUUUUUUUUAAAAAUGAAUUUAGUAGUACUUGUUUUGAUGUUGUUAAAAAGGUUAACCUUUUAUUGGAUUUAGAGAAUUAAGAUACUUUGGGUUUGGUGGAACUGGAAGAACAAGUAUUGAAUUGUUCUGAUAAGAUUAUCAUAAGAUGAACAUAGUAUGUAUUGUUACAUUGUUGUUAGGUGGAAAACCCUAUUCUAUGUAAAUGUUUUUAGACUUUA